AUGCUGUGUUCGAUAUUUCCAAUUUUAUCCGUACGCUACUGUUACCAUAUGUAAACUUAUCCGGAUAUUAAGUUUUGAGAAAAUUUAGGUAAAUAUGGCUUCGCGCCGCAUGUUUCUGUAGAUCUAUUUACACAGCUUGGAUGUCCACAAACUUUUCUUACCCUCUCCGAGGAGGCAAUAAAACAUCCUAACAUAAAAGCAGCUUAGGCUUGUUACUGCACAGUAAGAAAAGUUUGAUUCUACACACCCACUCGCCAUGAAUAGUCUACCAGACAGACAACUACGGAGGACAAGAACACUCACUCAGGAAGCCCUCAUGUUAUUUGAAGAGAAAGUUGACCACUAUAACAACAGGCUUAGAAGUGUGAGAAGAGACAUUGAUUCAGUUAUCUUAGAAUUUGAAGAUGCCAAACCGACUGAUAAGAACAUUGUUCGAGCAAUGAGAGCAGAUCUUAUUCAGUUUAUGCAACAGUAUAACAAUGUGUCGAAAGAGUAUGAAUCAUACCUGAAAGGAACUAGAACUCUAGCCAGUAUAAGGGAAGAAGCCUCACACAGAUUGGUUGCCUCAACAGUACGCGCCAAAGUGGAUCACGUGCAGAAGGAGAUGGAAAAAGUGCUAGCAGACAGCAAACCACCGUUUGGUAGCUACAGACAACACUUCGCAGACAAACAGCCAUCCAUCGCCAGUUCAAGAUGCAGUCCUCGACCACAGAGCAAGAGCCAAUCUGGUUCGGACCUGACUACAUUUAUACAGCGGCAAGCGGCCAAGGCGGACCUGCAAGCAGCAAAACUAGAACUUCAAUUUGCGAAAGAGGAGGCUCAGCUUUUAAAGAGACAAGUGGCCUUGGAGGCUGAACGCAAGGUCUUGGAUAGUCGGAAAGCGGUGGCACUCGCACAGUCAACCUUUGCGGCGUUUGACGAAAUACUAGGCGAGAAUAAGGACAAAGAGACUGAGUAUGAAGAUCCCAUGGAGAGGACGAGGGAAUAUAUACAGAACUUGACAAACAGUCCAGAUGAUCGAGAUGAUGUGUCGUCAGUGUUAGACUUCAGUGAGGCCCGAGAUUUGAAACACUCAACGCCACAGAAGAGUCAGGGUGUACUGUCAACCCUCAACCCCCAGGCACCAUCAUUCUCUCCCCUUGCUUUCGAUCAUCUCGCAAAGUAUAUAGCCAAGAGGGAUCUAAUAUCUGCUAGAUUUACAAUGUAUGAUGACAAUCCUACACAUUAUAUAGCUUGGAAGGCUACCUUCCAAAAUAUAGUGACCGAGGUUGGGGCAACACAUUUAGAACAUCUCGAUUUGCUCGUUAGAUGGCUCGGACCAGAUUCCAAGAAGCAAGUACAGAGUAUCCGUUCAGCAAACGUUCAGGAUCCAGAGAAAGCACUACAACUAGCUUGGGAACGCUUAGCCCGUAGAUUCGGAAGUCCUGAGAUUAUCGAAGACACGAUUCAACGCAGGAUCAAGAACUUUCCAAACUUAUUGAACCACCAGAGGAAGGAAUUCUUUGACCUCGCAGACCUUACCAGUGAGAUAGAGGAAGUUAAGAACAAUGAUAAGAACUCUAUUACCUUUGCAUAUUUUGACUCUUCUUAUGGUGUGAAUAAACUUGUAGCCAAAUUACCAUUCAAUCUACAGGAGAAAUGGACUCACAAAGCAAGUGAAUACAAACUACACCACGAUGGCCAGUAUCCGCCGUUCACUUACUUUUCUUCUUUCAUACAAAAUGUCGCAAAGAUGAAAAACGAUCCAGGAUUUGUUUAUGAUUCUGAAAACAGAAGUCAAAAUCAAAGGAAUGUUGGACAGCCUGCGAUCCCUAGAAGCAACCCUCCUGCAAGAAAUGUGUCGACUAAAAAGACUGAAGUGGCCGUUGACCAAACUUCUAUGACAAUCUGUCCACUGCAUGGUAAAAACCACUCAUUAAACCAGUGCAGAACCUUCCGCCUGAAACCUCUAGAAGAAAGGAUAAAAUUCAUUCGAGACAAACACAUAUGUUUAAAAUGUGCGGAUCAACGACACCUGGCAAAAAAUUGCAAGUCAAACGCACCAUGUGGCAUAUGCAAAUCUAAUGUACACCCCACGGCGCUUCACCCUGACCAAGACGAUAAGGAAGUGACAGCCGCCUGCACACAAGUCUGUGGAACAACUCGUCCUACGAACAGAUCAUGUGCUAAGAUACUCCAAGUGCGUGUAUACCGAGAAGAUAGACCAAGAGUAGCUCGGACUGUGUAUGCCAUCAUAGAUGAUCAAAGUAACCAGACCCUGGCAACGUCUACUCUCUUUGACUUCUUCCAGGAAAAAGGUCCGGAACACAAUUAUAUCUUAGUGUCCUGUGCUGGGAGAAAACCUACCUUUGGCAGACAGGGAAUUGGCUAUGUUGUGCAGUCUUUAGACCAGACGUGCUCGUUGAAACUGCCUACCUUUCUAGAAUGUGACGACAUUCCCAACAACAGGGACGAAAUCCCUUCUCCCCAGGUGGCACGACAGUUUGCCCACUUACGAGACAUAUCCAAGCUCAUUCCACGAGUGGACGAUAAAGUAGAAAUAGAAAUGUUAAUUGGGAGAGACCUCCUUGAAGUACAUCACGUUAAGGAGCAGAAAGUAGCUGACCCGAGUCUGCCGUUUGCACAGAAACUUCCAUUGGGAUGGGUGGUCCUUGGGAAAGUGUGCUUAGGAGACACACAUGUUUCGGAAGUAGUCAACACAAACAAGACUUUCAUUCUUCCAAGUGGACGACCCACCUUCUUUGAACCAUGUGGGAACAAGCUUUCGGUGAUCGACGAUGUGUUCCAGAAAACUGAAAACUGA